UUUACGGUAUACAGUGUGAUGUCAGUCUCCAGUUUGUCUGCCUUCUGUUAGUACUGUAAAGUGUAGAAUAACAUCUGAUAUCUGCGGUGUUCCACAUCAUGACUGUGCGUGUAUGUGCUUCUGUACUCCGCUCUUACUCCAGCUGUGGACAGGUAAUAAAUGACCUCAGACUCUCUUUACUAUCAGUUUUUAAUGGAGUCGGUUCAGUCCGCUUCAAAAGUUCCUGUCCGGUUAACAUCACUCAUCUGGAUCACCUGGUGCUCACAGUUCGAGAUCUGAACAAAACAACUCACUUUUACUCCACAGUUUUGGGAAUGGAGGUCAUCACUUUUAAGGGAGACCGCAAAGCUUUGGGUUUUGGUGCGCAAAAGUUUAACCUGCAUCAGGUUGGGAAGGAGUUCGAGCCUAAAGCCAAAAUCCCGACUCCAGGAUCCGCAGACCUGUGCCUUAUUACCAAAACCCCACUGACAACUGUUGCUGCCCAUCUCAAGGUGUGUGGAGUGACAAUCGAGGAAGGUCCAGUUGACAGAACCGGCGCUGUGGGUCUCAUCUGCUCUGUUUAUUUUCGUGAUCCUGAUGACAACUUGAUCGAGGUCUCAAACUACCAUCAACAUACAAACACGUAGCAUUUGAUCAUGUGAUAUAAACUGUAAUCAAUCCUUCCCGGCAGUGCUUUGAUGAUGCGUUGAUUUGCACAUGAUCCGGAAUAUUGUGGUCAAGUUCAUGCGCUUAGGAAAGCGUGUUUAUCCAAAGACAAGCAAUCAUUUUUUAAUUUCAGUGAAAAAAGGUUACAAAUUUACUUUUGAAAGCCAUUUGAUGUAAAAACGUCAUUGGCAUUCUUGUUUUAUGUGAUUUCCACAUACUGUAUACUGUUGUCUUUUCAAUGAGUUUAAUACAAUUUACCAUUAAAUAAAAAGUGUUUUCAAAGAA